CGGGCCACGUUGUCUGCGUGCUGGGUGAAAGUACAUUUGUACGUCCAGUCCAGUAAUAUUCAUGUUGCGACAUAACUCCAUUCGUUUAGCGCUCACACUUUUUGACUUCCCAGUCUACACUUCCGGAUUCAGGUCUGCCAUCUCUUGCUCAGAUGGUCAACCCCUGAGAGCCACUCCAUCGACAAGUUGUCCCUUCUCAAAGACCUGUGUCUCGACGAUGAAGGCUUCAGUAUCGCCACACAUUAAGUCCAGAUGCCCGGAGUACCCGGGCUCCCAAAUCAAGCGCUUUCCAGUGAGUGAUGCUCAGGUGGACUGGAGUCAGAGUGUCCAGGGCUACGAGCCUGUCCACUUCACCCACCCUGCCGUGGCAAAGAAGCCAGCAUGGGCAGAUCCUGAGAUUGGCUCUUUCUGCCCGCAAUUCAACACUGUGGACGGUGCUGUGGACAGAAAAAGCUUUGAGGGCAGAUACAAAGUGGAAGAUGGAAAGCCACUAAAUCCUCAUGGCCGCACAGGGCUGAGUGGUAGAGGUCUACUGGGGAGAUGGGGGCCCAACCAUGCUGCAGAUCCUAUUGUUACAAGGUGGAAAGUAGACGCUCAAGGAGAGAAGAUCCAUCACCUGGUCUCCAAAAAGCCUAUCUUGCAAUUUGUGUCCAUCAAGAGAAAAGAUUGCGGGGAGUGGGCCAUUCCGGGGGGCAUGGUGGAUCCUGGAGAACAGGUUUCUCUCACACUUCAGCGGGAGUUCUCAGAAGAGGCCUUGAAUUCGCUAGCAGUGCCGCCCUCAGAGAGGGAGAACAUUCGCCAGCGCAUUAACCGACUCUUCCAAUCAGGAGGUUUCCAGGUCUUUGAAGGCUACGUGGACGACCCCAGAAACACCGACAAUGCUUGGAUGGAGACGGUCGCUAUCAACUUUCACGAUGAAAACGGCAACUGUGUGAGCGAACUGCCGCUGCAAGCUGGUGAUGACGCGGGCCAAGUCCAGUGGGUCGACGUGGACUCAUCCUUCCCACUCUAUGCCAGUCAUUCUCAUCUGCUGCAGAUGGUUGUCACUGAGAGGAACGCCCACUGGUAGCACCAACACAAGGAAGACAUCUCAAAAUGAGUAUAGAAAAAUAUUUUCAACGGCCGAAAAGGGCUCGACUUGGAGAGGAGGUAGGCCUACAGUCCGGACCACAGGUGCGACCUGUUCAGCAGCAGCAGGAGGAGGAGGAGGUUGACUGACUGUGGCAGGACACCUCUGCCGCCGUUUCACUUCAUGUUGCUGGUAAAUAAUAUGGUUGUAGUAGUAGGCUAAAGUUAAAUUAUUUAGUAUUCACCAGAGGUGUGGACUCGAGUCACAUGACUUGGACUCGAGUCAGACUCGAGUCAUAAAUUUGAUGACUUUAGACUCGACUUGACAAAAUGUAAAAAGACUUGCAACUCGACUUAGACUUUAACAUCAAUGACUUGUGACUUCACUUGGACUUGAGCCUUUUGAAUUGACAUGACUUGACAUGACUUGCUACUUUCCCCAAAACCCAAAGAUGAAAAAG